AUGGCGGCAACGACUCGCGGGCUGAUGCUCAACAUCUCCUGCCUCCUCCUCUUUCUGGGCUCGCUCCUCCCGGGUGCAUUGUCCACUACGUUCACGCUGACCAACUCCUGCGCCUACACGGUGUGGCCGGGCCUCCUGUCCGGCUCGGGCGCGCCGGCGCUACCCACCACGGGCUUCGCGCUGGCGCCGGGGGAGUCGCGCGCCGUGGAAGCGCCCUCGGCGUGGUCGGGCCGCAUGUGGGGCCGCACCUUCUGCGGCACGGGCGCCGACGGGCGGUUCGCCUGCGCCACCUGCGACUGCGGCUCGGGCGCCGUGGAGUGCGCCGGCGGGGGCGCGGCGCCACCCUGCUCGCUCGCGGAGUUCACCCUCGACGGCUCCGGCAGCAAAGACUUCUACGACGUGAGCCUCGUGGACGGCUCUAACAUCCCCGUGGCCGUGCUCCCGCAGGGCGGCAGCGGAGAGGGGUGCGGCGCCACGGGGUGCCUGGCGGACCUGAACGGGCCGUGCCCGGCCGACCUGCGGGUGGCCGGGCCCGACGGCGCCGGCAUCGCCUGCAAGAGCGCGUGCGAGGCGUUCGGGCGGCCCGAGGACUGCUGCAGCGGCGCGUUCGCCGGCGGGCCCGAGGCGUGCCGCCCGUCGGCCUACUCCAUGUUCUUCAAGAACGCGUGCCCGCGCUCAUACAGCUACGCGUACGACGACGCCACCUCCACCUUCACUUGCGCCUCCGGCACCGCCGCCUACCUCGUCGUCUUCUGCCCCGCCGCCAUGUCCAGCCUCAAGUCGUCCGUCGUGAGCACAAGCACGAGCACCACGCCGGCGCUGCCCCACGUCAACGACACCGUCUCCUACCUGGGCCGUAGCCGCGACGCCGGCAGCGGCAGCGGGUGGCAGUACGCGCGGAGCUCGAGCCAGGCGUCGUCUUCAGCGCCGAGCCCCUUCGCCAUCGCGGCGGUCGCCGCGCUCACGUGGCUCUGCGGCAGCAGCGCCGGGCGCCACUGGCCGCUACUGUCUCCGUCCUAG